AUGGGUGAAAUCGGUACAAAUCUGCUCCUGCGGAGGAUAGCUGAACAAGCCCGCGAACAGAGCAUGAUACGCGACGCAGCACUGGAGAACAAAUUUCGAAAGCUGCCCAAUCCAACGUCGCCCAGAAACGACAAACGGGUGCACAACCUGUCAUCAAAGGAGCUGACGAAGGAUCAGAUGCAGGUUCUACGGCACGAAGCUUCAUUUAACACGGCUGAUGUCAAACCCGUUAACAUUAUCGCAGCAGUGGAAUCAAUCCUUUGUCAGACGGAGGCAACGAAGGAGACUAGGAGUAUCAUCCGACACCAAGUGUCGUCUCUCCUGAUGGCCCACAGGCCGCGGGAAGUGCUUUCCAAGGUCGAACGUAAUGCGCUUAGAGAACUCAAGGCCGACAAAGACCUGGUCAUCGUGCCAGGGGACAAAGGACGCGCCACAGUUGUAAUGGACAGGACAGACUACCUUCAAAAAGCCAAAGGUUUACUGGAGGACCGACAGUUCUAUGUCCCAUGA